CCACUCACCAUUUCAAUCUCCCACAUCACCACGAGCAUCACCAUGCCGUCCGAGAAGAAGCACCACAAGGCAGGCAAGAAGGGCCUCACGCCCGUCAAGGCCUACCUGUUCCUGUACAACGCCGUCUCCUUCGUGCUCUGGGGCCGGCUCCUAGUCCUGACAGUAUGGUUCAUCCUCACGCCGCGUUCGGCGCCGGCUCACUGGACCGUGUUCGGGCAGUCUGCGCGCGGGGAUGUCCCGUGGGCGUGGGUUGCCGCCUUGGCGGACCACCUGAGCGGCGCGUACGACUUCCACGGGCUGGGCGAGGCGACAAAGUGGACCCAGAGCCUCGCUGUGCUCGAGAUCUUCCAUGCUGCGUUCGGCCUCGUGCGGAGCCCGGUCGGCACGGUCGCGAGCCAGGUCUUCUCGCGGUUGUGGGCUGUCUGGGGCGUCGUCGAGAUGGUGCCGAGCACCCACGCCCACCCCCUCUUCGCCACCAUGCUCCUCGCGUGGAGCGUGACCGAGACGAUCCGGUACCCGUUCUACGCGCUCGCGCUCUUCGACAUCGAGGUGUACGCGCUCAACUGGCUGCGGUACAACACGUUUUUGGUGCUGUACCCGCUCGGCGCGAGCUCCGAGGCGUUUUUGGCGCUCUCGACUGUCCCGCCGCUCAGCUCGCUGCCCUACAUCCACUACUUCUUCGCGGCGCUGCACGCCAUCUGCCUCUCGCUCCCCGCGCCGGUGCUCAAGCAGAUCACGCACACCAAGGCCGGACGCCACUUCCUCUACUCGCUUGCCCGGGCCAAGGCCGCGCAGAAGACGCACGGCAUCACGUGGAGCCCGAUCCAGUUUGUCCGUCUCGUGCUCUUCGUCAUCUGGUGGCCUGCGCUUUACGUCCUCUACACUUACAUGCUCAAGCAGCGCCGCAAGUUCUUCGCCAAGAACAAGCAGGCCAAGCGCGUCGGCCAGGCCAACAAGGCCAACUAGGCGAUGUCUACAGCUCUUUGACGUCAGCCACUGCGCCACCCCUCCUUCAACCCCCGUGGCACAAAUCUAACCCCCUACUACCCCCUGCACCCCACCGGUGUUUAUGACAUGAAACUAUUCAUACACAUGUCGCAAGGGACGCGGCGGGCGGGCCGGCGGAGCACGCGGCACGGUCCUAUGACUGACAGCUACAGAGAGGGGUUACUUGGGUGACGGACUAGGGG